AAACAAUGACGUAAUGACGCAAGCAGCGGGCGCAUUGCAUUGUGGUCGCCGGUGCCUGAUAGAAACAGAAAGCACACACUGCUCUCCGGUGAACAACGCUAGUCUUUGGCCUGGACAGGACAAUAAAAGCAGUACAGUUGGUGAUCUUUGACCAUCUACGAAGCAGCCAUGUCGUCGACCUCCCAAAAACAUAAAGAUUUUGUGGCUGAGCCCAUGGGUGAGAAGGCUGUGAUGGCUCUCGCAGGCAUUGGAGAGGUCCUUGGCAAAAGACUGGAGGAGAAAGGCUUUGACAAGGCGUAUGUUGUCCUUGGGCAGUUUCUAGUGCUAAAGAAAGAUGAGGAGCUUUUCCGGGAUUGGCUGAAGGACACUUGUGGGGCUAAUGUCAAACAACAGGGUGACUGCUAUGGCUGUCUUAAAGAAUGGUGUGAUGCCUUCUUAUAAAGCAUUCAGUCAUUGUUUUCUACUUCUGAAGUCCAAACUGUACAUUACCUCUUCAGUGAUAUUGUUUCAAUGCAGCUACACCAUAUAUACGGACUGACAUUGGACACACUAACAAGUGUAUUGAAGUCAAUUAAUUUUGAAAUUGUUAAAGCUGUUAGUGUAUUACUGAAAUCUGUUGACCCCCAAACAGAAUUUACACAUGCCCUUCUCAUGGUCUUUAACAAGUAGGUAGAAACUAAUACUUGCCAACUCUCUUUUAGAUUGAAAUCAAAUCAUUCAGUUUAGUAGAUAAUCACAAAAUAUGACAAUUCUAUCUACCUGCCCUCACUGUCUGUAACCGCUUUCCUGGCAGACAUUCUUGUGGUAGUGAAAGCAAAGAUUUAAAUAACUUUUUUGAUUGCUCCUGCCCAUUUAGGUUAAUGUAAGUCAUGUCACGAAGCCAGCAUGCAAUGUUGUGCUGUGUGAACAGUCCAUAGAGGUACUUUAUGUUGAAACUGUUUCUAGUUUUGGGGAAUACUCAUAGUUUAAUUUGUUCAGGCUCAUUGGACUACUGCAUGUACUUUCUGUCAAAGGUUGAAUUUUAAAUGUAUGGUCUGUCCAUUGUCAUAUACUGGGAAUUUUGUGAGUUAAACAUGGCUAGUUUGUUCAAUAUUUAAUCCUUUUCACAUAAAUUGUCACAGUUCAGCACACAUUUUUUCUGUUCUACACAUUUGUACUCACUUUCAACUCUUGGGCUUCUUGGUCCCUUUGCCUGUUUUUAAAGCCAUUGGAAAGUUGAUGUAAGCUGUUUUUUUUAACUAGCGCAUCAUUUCACAGAUUAGUAUCAUGUUCUGUCGGUUCACCCACAAUGUUUGAAGGAUGUCUUGAAGAGGUGGAUUGUCUGUUUGGAAUGUCUUGUAAAGGAUCUGACUCAUUUAUGUAAAACACAAAAACUAAACCUCAAAACUAAUGUGACACUGGUCUUAGCAGAAAUUUUUUUUUUUUUUAAUUCCAAAAACUUUUAACUUUUGAUCUUGCAAAUAAAGAGACAGCAUGGCCAGACCCCCACAUCUGGUCUGCUGCACGAAGAUUGUGUGAACCUGGAGAUGGGAAUGUAUUUAAAUAAAGAUGCAAAUUCAACAAACUCAAA